AUGUCCGGUUCAGACCAGGAACGCUCCAUGGAGGCGCUCCGCAAAAGCUUCGCCGUAACCAGCCCUGCCGGGGUCGAGACUGUUCACAGCAACACCUACCCUACUAUCUCGCCUACGCGGCCCGAACUGAGCCAGGCUGGCCGGACUAUCCUGAUCACUGGUGGUUCUGCUGGUAUCGGUUUCGGCACCGCCAGAUCGUACGCUAAAGCUUCAGCGUCGAGGAUCAUCCUGACAGGUCGACGCCGCAACGUGGUCGAGAAGGCCGCUGCAGACCUAGUCGUCGAGUUCCCAAAGACGAAGUUCGUCGCCCGCACGAGUGACAUGGCUCACUCCGACGACACGACUGCCUUAUGGGCUGACCUUGCGGUCACGUGCGUCUCUGUCGACGUCCUGGUGCUGAAUGCCGCCAGCAUGGGCUCCAGUGAGCCCAUCAUCUCGGCCGACGUCGACGGUCUCUGGUCCGAGUUUGUCACCAAUGUCCGCUCACAGCUCGCCUUUGCCCAUCACUUCCGCGCCCAGGAAGGUUUCGAAGAGAAGAAGAGGAACCUCGUGUACCUCGCCUCCGCCGUUACGCACAUGCCGGGCAUGGAAGUGGCGGUGCCGGCCUAUUUUCUGACCAAGACAGUCGGCCAGCUGCUCCUGCAAACGAUUGCCGACGCCGCCGAUCCUCAGAAGCUCCAGGUGAACAUCUUCCACCCGGGAACGAUCCUCUCUGAGGGGGCUAUGAAUGCCGGCAUGACGGCGGAUAGUCUGCCCUUUGACGACAUCAAGCUGCCGUCGGACUACGGCGUCUGGGCUGCUACCAAAGAGGCGGAGUUCCUGCAUGGCAAAUUUGUGUGGGCGGGGUGGGACAUGGACGAGCUCCGAUCCGAAGAGUCCCAGAGACAGUUCGAGAGAAACCCGCGACACCUCAGCAUCCGUCUUGUUGGCAUCUAG